UGUUAAACGAAAUAUUAAAGUGUUUUUGUACCACUCUUGCGUCUCAUCUUAUUCAUCUUCGUUAAGUCAAAUCGAGUUCAUUUCAGUUUAUAACUGUUAUAAAAAAUUUACAUAACAAUGUCCUCAUCAUCGUCUUUUGUAUCAACAUCGCACCCUGGGAUCAAUACCAGUCCACACCCACCACUGGUGGGACCGGAUGUGAAGAAGAGGAUGAAAUACAAAACCUUCCCCCAUCCGGAAAACCCUAAUAAAAGUACCAAAUUACAUUAUGACGGGGAUGAAAGUGAUCUGGAUUUUGAUGACAGUGAUGACGACGACGAGGACAACGACUCGUUCGGUAACAAAAGUCGACACCGUCUGGAAGUCUCCAGUUUACCAGAUUUGCUUCUAGCGUCGUCUACUACAUCGACAUACUCAGCGACACAAGAAGGUGUCGAAAGGUCACCAAUUCGGAAGAGAAAAAAAUUUAAGAGGAGGAAACAUCGCAGAUCUGAAAGUGAAUUGGUUACAAGAGAAAGUUCAAAAUUGUGGGGGUUAUCAUCAUCUCCGAUAAGUCCUGCCCCGUUAUCAAUAGUAGUGAAAUGUGGACGCGGAGGUGGCGCGUCGUUCGUGGCGUCAACACCAGUGGUUGAAUUGGUGGAAAUUCCACCACUCAGGGCGCAGUGGGAUUUGGGAAAUUCGAUUGGGCGUCGUCGCGGCGUUUGUGGCUGUGGGAAAAUAAACGCUUCGCAAAAUUACCUUUUACCUCCCAGCAUGUCAUCUCUAGACACAUCCUACCUCGAUGUCGCCCUUUUCACCCUUUUCUACUUCAGCGACGUGUUCGACACGUGGAUUCUGGACGAAAAAGCAGCCAAGGGAUUUCCCACCGCUGAGGCGAAAGAGGUCCGUGCUCUGCUCCGAAAAGAGAUCUUAUUCUCCCUCAGAACGUCCUACUUUUGUCCGUCGGUAUCGGUUGGAAGGUUGUUCAACUCUUUGUUCCCUCUAGAACAGCCAUACACGAUGGAGUUUGGCCGAUUUUUGCGUUAUUUUCUCGACAAAAUUCUCACCCUACCGGAAACGACGCAUUACACGAAUGGAACAUCGAAACUUGUCCAUAUUCUAAAAGUGAGGAAGAUGACAACCUCCACGUCCACGAAGGGAACGUGUCAGUUGGUCGGAUUUUUAAAAAGUGCCCCACAAGAAUCGACGACCCCAAAAUCUGUGCAAACUCUAUUUGAAGAGAGCUUAUCCGACUUAAAAUUACUCUCCCUACCACAACCUGGCCUCUUCUUAUCGAUAGAUCAGCCCCUCAACACCCCGCACGCGGUUAUCAUCCCCAACCUUCAGCUCGAUCUUGGCAAGACGCUCAUCCAACUGUCCACAGACGACAACGAUGAGACGGAAUCCGCCGAUUUUUACGAUGAAGAAGACAAAAUUGGAUUGACAAAGAAUGUGACGAAAAACAGUGAUGACGAAGAGUCAACAUUUUUCUGUAAAUGGCUCCGAUGCCUGGGGAAGAUUUGUUACGAAUAUUUACAAAAUUUGGUCCAUAUUUUCCCCACUUUUGACGGCGUGGAAGACUCAUUUUAUGCCACGGAACGCGACUCGAUUGAAGAUUCGUGGUCAGUUGCUUCUCCACGGGGGGUUUUCUCUCCAUCACGGAUAAAAACUGGCAGUGACGACGACGGGCUAACUUCUGACCCAUAUCUGAAGAGGAAAAGGAACCGGGGGAAACUCGUCAUAGGUUUGGAUCUGAUGGCAGUUAUCUGUUUAGAGGAAGAAUCGGUAACUACUUAUCAAAAUCGAUACACUGCUUUCGUACGAUGCGGUCAGAAUCCGAGGAGAGGUUGGGCACCAUGGGUUCACUUCACACCGUGCGAUCAGGGAGCUCCGCUGGUCAGACGAGUUGGCGAUAUCCCGAAAUGGUUGCAUCGCUUGGAGAAAAAUCCGAAAAGUUUGAAAUCUUCCUGGAAUCUGAUCCCAUCCGAUGUGCAGAGUAUGCUCACGUCGUCCACGUUUUUCAUCUACACGGCUAAAUCAGAUCACGAGAGUCAAAAUACGUUAUUUUCCUAUGUAAAUGAGUGCAGUUAAUUGUUGAUUAAAGAAUAAAGUUUGUUAAAAUUGCAAAAGAAGAAA